GAAGGCCGCUACAAGCGGAAGUUACAGCGUGUGGUCCAUGGUGUAGCUUAUGUUUGUUGACAUCAGCCGUGGAUGGAUGCUGCUGCUGUUUUAGUGGAAACCUCAGAUAUGAAUGUGUAUGACAGGCAUGUUGUGGACUUGAGUAACGGCCUGGAGAGUGUUCCUGUUUUAAUUCAACAGAAAUCAGAUUCAGUACAGACAUUUCCUGCAUUUCAGUAUUCUCCAGAUAACGUUGAGGGACCAGGAUGCACCGUUGACCCCAGUGAAGUCACCCUUCCUGGAUGCUCCUGCCAUUCACUCUCCUGCUUCACUGUGAGCUGCCCCUGCCUGCAGACUCAUGGGCAGACAUACGACAGCACCGGCACACUGCUGAACAUUAGCAGAACGGACACUGGUUACUGCUCCCCUGUGUUUGAGUGCAAUGCUCUUUGCACCUGCAGUGACAACUGCUCAAACCGGGUGGUGCAGAGAGGGCUAAGACUAAUGUUGGAGGUCUACAGCACUGGGAACAGGGGCUGGGGGGUACGGACGCUAGAGCCGAUCCCACGUGGGACGUUUGUGUGCGAGUACGCUGGGGAGGUUAUCAGUUUUGAGGAGGCCAGACAUAGGCAGCUUACGCAGGGACCAGAAGAAAAUAAUUACAUCAUCGCCAUAAGAGAGCAUGCAGGCACGGGCUCCAUCAUGGAGACGUUUGUGGACCCGGCCCUCGUGGGAAACGUAGGGCGCUUUCUCAACCACUCAUGCCUGCCCAACCUGUUCAUGCUACCAGUGCGUGUGCACUCUCUGGUUCCUAGACUAGCACUGUUUGCUGGCCGGGAUAUUGACGCCCAAGAGGAGCUAACAUUUGACUACUCAGGAGGCUACAGUAACCAACCCCCUGUACAGCUGCUGUCCACACAAAGUGAUGCGGCCAUACAGGCCAGUAGGACAAAUGGACUCCAGAGGAAAACGUGCCACUGUGGUGCCAACAGCUGUGCAAAGUUCCUUCCACUAGAUUUAUCUAUUCUCAGAUGAUCUAAAUUGAAUGUCACUUCGCAUUUGUUUUGUAAAUGUGAAAGUUUUGCUAGAUUUUUCAUUUGAUUUUGUUUUGAAAUUUUGUCUAUUUAGUUAUGAUACAGUAUGUCCACUUUCAGUCACUUUGAAAUCUUGGUUAAUUCAGCCUCUCAUUAGAAUGAGACAACGCAACAUGUUUGUGGCUCCAUAAACACAAUCAACUGGA